ACUAAAAUGGCAAAACUUCUAACUGUGGUUGUGAUUGCUGCUGUUUUUCUGGGAGUCACCAACGGCAAACCCUCAUCAAACAGCACCGGAGGAGGCCCACCAGGAAUGGGAGGUCCUCCAGGAAUGGGGGGCAUGGGACAGAUGGGAGGCAUGGGACAGAUGGGUGGCAUGGGACAGAUGGGUGGCAUGGGACAGAUGAGUGGAAUGGGACAGUUGGGGGCUCAAGGACAGAUAAGCGGCAUGGGAGGUAUGGGCGGCAUGGGAGGUCCGCCACCAAAACCGAGUAAUUCUUCGUCUUCAUCUUAAGUGAUUAAUUAUUACAAUUGUUUUAUUCAAAUAUAGUAUUAUAA